AAGAAUGAAGCUCAAAUGAGCCAGUUGGCGCGAUGUUGACAUCGCUUUUAAUUUGACAUGGAGCCAGUGUCUCGCCGGACCCGGCAGCCCUCCACUCUUGAGCUCCUUCUUGGCAACAGAAGCAGCGACUCAGGCGUCACUGAACUGGUCGGCGUUGCUUUGUUGUGGCUGGGUGGGAGUGUGGUGCUACUGCGCAAGUCAUCUCUCUUCGCCGUGCUCUUCACAUCGCAGCGGAGCGGAAGUCAGUGGCUGUCGGCUGCGCUUAGAUACCCUUUCCUUGUUCUCCUCCACUGCCUAAGCAUCAGCGUCACCGGUUGCCUCCAGCGACGGGUUGCUACAAAGUGGAGGCAGAACAUCACUCGGAAGCUACACCGAUUCUAUUUUCAGAAGCAGAAUUUUUAUCGGCUUCAAUCCGAGAGCAAGGAGCACGUCAUCACUGAUGCCGACUUGCGAAUCUGCCGAGAUGUGCAUGAAAUGGCACAUGCAACAUCAGAGGUGGCAGUCUCAUUGAUUGAAGCUUUGAUCAAGACCUGGGUCUUCUCGGGCUUCACAGUGCUUCAAAAGAAGUGGCUGGGAGGCUUCUUGCCACCCGCCGUUUUCUUGCUGGCCGUGAAGAUCGUCUUAGGCACUCAUCCAGAAGAUGCCAAAAAUGUGCAGGCGUCGCUUCAGCACUUUGAGGGAAGACUGAAGCAACAUUUUAGUCGAUUGCAAAGUCGAUCAGAAAGUAUUUUGAUGAUGCAAGGGGAGGCUUUUGAGCUAGAUUUGCUGCAAAAGACCCUCCGAGACUUGUCCACGAUUGCACGAAAGCUCUUCGACUUGAUGUUUCCUCUGGAAAUGACAGAAUGGAUGUUUUUGCACUCCACCCAGGCUGCAAGUCUACUUGAGCUAGUUGCAUUUGCUGCCGUGCUUGCAUACAUGACUCCUCCGUUUGGAGAAUCCUUUGAGCAGAAGGCUUUUGUCGUUGGACAGCACUUGCGGAAUGUCCAGAACUUUUUCAAUGUAUGUUCUGCUUGGAAUGCAUUUUUGUCCUCCCGCACUCUGCUCAUGACUAGUACUGCUGCGACGAACCGCGUGAAGCAACUCUAUGUCAAGCUCGAGGGAUUGGAGGCUCCAGUAGCCAAGCCCAAGCCCAAGCGCAAGCACAUGCCUAAGCUCGAGCCUCCCGAAACCUUCACCGAUGAGGGAGAGCUGGUGUCCUUCAAAUCAGUAACCAUCCAUACACCCAGCAAGCAGGCACUGUUGCGGGAUCUCAGCUUUUGCUUGUCACACUCGGCCCCGUUGCUCGUGUGCGGUCAGGCCUCCAGUGGGAAGACGGCCCUGGCACGUUGUCUCUUCGGGCUUUGGCCCAUCAGCAACGGUCAGGUGUCCAGACCCGGUGGCUCAGAGCGCCACAUCGAAGGGAUUCCCUUCCCAGAGGAUCUCCUCUACGUACCUGAAACACCAUUGCUUGGGUGGGCCUCCACUCUGUCUGACGAAGUGACCUUCCCAAGGCCCAUGGCAGCUGGACUGCCACAUGAAGAGUUGUAUAAGUGGCUUGCAUAUGUGGGCCUGGAGCACCUUGCCAAGGACACAGAGCUCACAAGCCUUUCACUCCGAGAGAAACAAGCCCUUGGCUUCGCCAGAAUUUUGUUUCACCGCCCUCAUUUCGCCAUACUGGAUGAAUGCACAUCUGCAAUGGGACCGGAGUUGGAGCGGCAUUUCCUGCGGCUUUUGCGAGAAUUAGGCAUUGGCUACAUCACGAUCGCACGUCGGCCCAGCCAAAGUCUGAAAAAUGAACACUCGCGGCUGUUGAUGAUCCAGGGGGCUCGUGGAGAAGAUACCCGGGGCUGGAAGCUUUCAGAACUCUCUGAGGUCACCAUGAAGCCCCGAUGUCGCUGCAGUGCGGAGGCCUUCCAACGUUUGGAUUCCUACUUGGAGUGCCGGCACUCCGAUUCGGAGGAGAUCGAGCCAGCCACAAGCUCUUCAACGCUUUCACGAAGCCGUCCAAAAGCGAGGGAGACCGUGGAGUUGCGCUGGCGUAGUGCACCCGCACGGCUUUGGGCCACACUGCAAUUGGGGCUGUUGACCUCUGGUCGACGCCGGACCAUCUUGCAAAAGGCAGGACUGAUUUUGCUCCUGCUACACGCAAGAACCAAGCUCUACUGGAGAUUUUGUCAAAACCUCUCAGGUAGUCUCCAGGCCUUGCUCUCACGAGACCUGGCUGCUGUAGCCAAGCAACUGCUCUUUGGUGCGUUGGUCGCGCUGGGCAGUGGCUUUGCGGAUCAGGUCCUGAGAUACCAAGCAAAGCUGGCGACGUUGGAGCUUUGGAGCGGUGCUGUGAGCCAUCUACAGCGAAAGCUGAUGCGCGAGCUUACGCUUUUGCGGGUAGAAGAAGAGGUCUCUGAGCCCAUGCAGCGGCUGGCAGAGAUUCGAAGUAUUUUUGAAAGUCUCGGCUCCAAUGGCUGUGAAGCCCUCUUGGCCACAGCACAGCUGGUCUUUGUGGCGCCAUUCCUGGUGAGAAGUUUGGGCACAUGGUCGUUUCUUUUUCUGGGGCAUUUUCUGGUGCUGAGGCUGCUUCAGAGAUCAGAGCUGCGAGAGGACCUUCAAUUUCAGGCCCAGCACAAGCGAUUGCGAGCACAAGCAGAGGCUUCGGCACUGUGCUGUAGAGGAAUCGCUGAGCAGCAAAAGCUUUCAGAACAGUUCGAGAUGCUGAUGUCUACUGGGAUGGAGAUGAGGGGCUUGGACUUCCUCCAUCAGCUGGCCAUCACAGCACUCACUGACUUUCGGCAAGUACCCUCCUGGGUGCUUCGCUUUCUGUCUCUGAAGUUCUCGUCACCUUUCAGCGAGACGCUGGAGGCAGCAGAGCUACUCAGUGAGACGGUGCUUUUCGACCGGAUGAUGCAAGCGGCCUUUAUUGCCACGCAGCAGCUCGCCAAGUGUGCUGAAAAGGUGGGUCGCCUCGAUUCCCAGUGUUUGCGCUGCCUAGAGCUAGUGGUGGCCGUAGAGGUUGCAAGCAGAAAGCCUUUGCCCUUGCAGAUCUCAGAUCACACUGCCGGUGAUGUCUUUCAGUUCGCAAAAGAAGGGCUGGUGAGCGAAGAUGGUGUGCGACUCGCUCGGAAGCUGCGAUUUGAACUAGCGGUCAACCAACCUUUGCUCAUUUGUGGUCCCAAGGGCUUCUCCAAGCCUUUGCUCCAGCUGCUGCUGGGUGUCGACACUGAGCGUUCAUCCACUAGGCUUCCAUUGGAAACCAUGGUCCUGGUGAUGCAAGAGCCUUACGUGCCAGCCUAUUGUCGGCUUUUGGCCCAGCUGGCCUACCCGUUGCUUCUUCGACUGCCGUCUCAUGGGCCCUUCAUGGUGCAUGUCACGGUGCCGGAGAAGAUCUCCGAGAGCCAGCUUCGUCGGCACUUUGCACAGCUGGGCGCUGCACACUGCCAGACGGUGGAGAGUGGAAGAGAUGGAAAAGAAGUGCAGAAAGGCUUUCGCAAGGUAUUGAUCCAUUUUAGUACCUUUGAAGAGACCAUCAAAGCAGUUGCCAGGCCCCAGGAUAGAAUCAUUGAUGAGAUCGAACUCCAGUGUGAGAUUGCGGUGGAGAAGACUGCAAGUCCCGGAGAAGCUGUUCCACAACUGGGCCGCAUGCGUGAAUGUCUCCAUGCGGUUGGCUUGGACCACAUUUUGACGCGAGAGGCAGAUGGAUGGUUUGCCCGCCGAUCAUGGCCAGAGCUUCUCACCCGUGAAGAGCAGCAACGGCUUGGGCUGGCGCGUGUGCUUUACCACCGGCCCACCUUUUGCAUCUUGGAGGAGGCCACCUGCUGCCUCCCUGCCACACAAGAGGCCGAGCUCCAUAAGCUACUGCUCCGCUUCAACGUGACGCCUCUGGCCUUGGCCUCGCAGCCGUUCCUUGAGACCCUCUACCGACGUCAACUUCACCUGGGGCUGGCCAAGGGCAAUGGCUGGAAGUUGAUUGAAACAGCUGAGUAGCUUCACCUGAAUAUUGUGCUGUAGGUUCCAAGAGUGCUGUUCUUUUUGACUCGUAGAAUGUAGAUAGACACAUGAUGACACAUGCAGAUAGGCAACAGACAUUUUGAUGCCCUUCGUUUGCGUAGGCCGUAGGUAUCGACUGUCCAGAUAUUGCAGAAUUCAUCCAGAAGCGGCCGGAUUUGUGGCCAAGCAUCGUGCAAAA